CAAUGUCACGGUCGAGGCGUCUAUUUCUGCCUGUCAUGAGCUGAUCAUGAGAUUCAACUAUUCAAACCCCCUCACCUUCUACCGCUCCCCCCUCCCUUAUUCUUUCUCCGUCCGCCACCCCACCCCACAUUCGUUUCCGAUUUCACCAAAUGUUAGGCUCGAAUCAUCCAACGAUGGAGGUCCUUACAGGCGCUACUGGGAUCACGAUGAACAGAAGUCACUUUUCAAAUGUGGGAAAGGAUCAGUACAACGAUUGCACGGUCCAUCAGACCAUCGUUCAGACCCGAUGCAGAAGAAAGAAGUUUGACAGGGACCUACCAGAACUUUCCGAAUUCACCGAGAUCAAGCGGGGUGAUAUUUACAAGAACAAGGACAUGUGUUAUUCUUGGCGGUUGUGCUCGAAUGGGAAAGACAACACGGAGGCAGCUGUUUAUCAUGCAGAGGUCAACAUAACUGGAUCCGAGUUUGGACAGAAAAAGUUCACUGUGAAGACGUAUCGCGGUCGAAAUGCGAUGAAGGAAUGGAGGCGCGAUUUUACGCGAUGUUCAAAGGAUUGGCUUAGGGACGUUCCACUUUUCGGUUACAACAAGUCGUCGGUUCCUUCGCUGAUAUUCUGUGGAGAGCUCGUACCUCUCGCACACAUUGAAGGUGGACUAGGUUCGGUGGGGUUAUAUUACAUUUCGUUGCUGAGGCGCAGCUUGGGCUGUUCAAGAAACCAACUGUGGAUGGAUCCCACGCAGGGAAAAUUUUGUCUCGGGCCAAUUGGGCCAGAAUGUCGCGAUUGGCAGGAUGAAUUCAUCAAUGACUUAGUUCCUUCCGACGUGGAAUUCCUUAAAGAAGAGGUGGUCAUCCGAUACUUCGCUAGCAAGCAAGACGAUCGAGGGCUUCUCUAUACGCUUAGUUACAGUCAUCUUGAAAUACUUCAAGUUGACGUCCCGGUAACCAGUCACACCCAGGUCAUUUCAGGUUUGACAAACUCAACAAUUGCUUUCCUUGAAAAUGUACGGUGGCGGCGUUGGAAAGAUUGUCUUCACGAUGAGCGAGUGAUACCAGAUGGAGCGACAAGGUUCUGUCUCAGAGACAAUCGGCGCAAGAUACGAGUAGAAUCCAUCGGUGAACAGGGCGCAUGGCUUUCACAAGCGUUGAGCGUUUUUCACGUUCACAACAUUUCAUUGGAUGAGGACCUUUCCACGUACAAGUUCGUUGUCCCUUAUUUCAAGCUCAGAGGUACAAUCCAGGAAUGCAAACGGAAACGACAACGACGCCAACUACUACGUGUACCCAUUUAUUUGAUUCUCCUUCCUUCCCCUACUCCUGUCUGUCGUUGGACGUUUGACCCAGCCGGCCAGACACUGCUCUCGCCAGAAAUGUGCAAGUAUCUCGGCCUUCCCCUCAAGCUCUCCCUCGAAGUGAUUCCCUUCCAAAUAUCCUGGCCUACCAAGAUCUACAAAGCUUUUUAUGCAUACCAAAUCGCGAGAAGGUUUGAUCCUAAAAGCACGGAUUUUGCACAAUCUCUUCGAUACCCUAUCUUUGAUGUCGUUCCUGCCGAAAACCGCUUCCAAGAUAUUCUUGAAGAACAGGACGAAAUUGUCAUUGAAUCGGAAGCUUUACCGUCGCCAAAGGUCCAUGCUUUUCCAGAAGACUCAGAAUCAGUUCUCGACUCAAACGCUUACAAUGGCCACAUAGAAGUCCAAAGUCCCGAAGAAUCAGAUGAUUCUUUCACGCUCCAUUUACUAUUCAAUGAGACGGAAGCAUCCUCAAAAACGUCGAAUGAUGCCGAUCCCGUGCAAACUUCGAAUUUGGAGUACACUCAACAAGGCACGCUGCGUUCAAUACUCGGCACAAUCUUUUGCCAGUUCACAUGGGAAGCUGUCGAAGGCUCGGGGAUUUCAGCAGCAGCGAUCUGAUGCCGACCAUUCUAGAGAAUGGGAGUAACGACCAUUGUAAUUUAAUAAACGUCUUUUCGUUGUAUUAGCUGAGAGGAAUAAUAAUAAUACGAUUUUUGAACGGC